GCUCUCUCCGUAGCGUCUGGCCGGGUGUCUUUUACGCUUGGGCUUACAGGUCCCUGCUUGACGCUGGACACGGCGUGCUCGUCGUCGCUCGUCGCCUUGCAUUUGGCGGCGUCAGCUCUAAAGCGGAUGGAAUGUCCCAAAGCAGCGGCAACGGGCGUCGGUAUGCUGACGCAGGCAGUGUCGAAGGCUUUCUCGGCGGCAGGCAUGCUCUCCGUUCUUGGACGCUGCCACACGUUCGAUCGCCGAGGGGACGGAUACUGCCGUGGCGAAGGUUGCGGAGCUUUGUUACUG